AUGUGCCCACACCAAGUAGGUCCCUUGGACGAAAGCUUGAAUGAUCCACUCUGCACCAUCAAUCCCUACACUCAGAUUGAGACUACUGCUGAAUUUGUUGGAGGUGACCAUGACAAAGGUCCCUCUCCUCUACAGCAUACAUCCACUGCCUAUAUGACUCCUUUCCUUCCCUCCACCCUAUAUCCCCCUGAUGAUAUCAUGCUGGACCUCCAACCACUGGAAAACUUGCCUAACACACCCAUUCCUAAUCUUGAAUCCCAACUGGAUGCUCUUACAGAUGAUCUGGCAGGUCUCAAAACUUCGAAUCGUAAUGAGACUUUGAUCCCACUGGAGCUUGAGGAAAAUGAAGGUUGCAUUUCAGAGGAAGAAGAGCAAGAGGCUGCUGAUAUCCAAGUUCUAGAUGAUAACCAUGGUUCCACCGAAGUCACUAUUCCAGAGGAAGAACAGCUAAGCUUGGCUGAGAUAGAUGACCUUGUGUUCCAUUAUCACCCAAUAUCAGAAACUCCCGAGUUGGAAGCCCAGUCUUUCCUCCGAAAUUGGCACAUUAUCGUUGACUCUACCUUCCAUCAGACUAUUUGCCUGCAGUGUGAAAAACCAGUCAUCUGGGCUCAUGUUCUGGCACAUGUAUCCCAUCACCGAAAUCAAAACUACUCUGCACUUCGUGCUAUAGGUGAUGUUGCACCUGUGCCUUCCAAGGAUGACUUUCUCAGCAGACUCAUCUCACUUGGGGCAGACAAACCCAAGCCUUGGCCUACUCAGCCAAUUGCUCCCAUAGAUGGGUUGAAUCACACGCCUGCCGCCCGCUGCAAUUUCCCCUUGUGUAGCUUUAUCACCCAUGGUAAAACCGAAAAGCUCACCAGAGAAAAUAUACGCAGACAUACCAAGGACAAGCACCCAAUGACUCUCCCCUCCUUUACCAACAUCCUCACUCACCAUCUCAAAGGAUUUCGUGGAUCAUCAGCGGUACAAUAUGUAGAAAUCAUUCCACCUAAAACAUUGUAUGAUUCCAACCAUUCACUCCAAGCUCUAAUUCGACACUGUGCCACUCGAGGGUUAGGUGCUACCCCUGACAGUUUCAAAUCCGAUAGUCAACUCAAGGCAAAUGCCAUGAAUGUUAUCUAUUCCCAACUCAACUGGUACAAAAUUAUCGAGGAUGUGUCAUUUCCCCUAGUAUUCCAAUCAGCUUCCACUCCAAACAUGACAUCCCCAGUAUAUGAAAGUGUCAUUUGGAGUGUUGGACCCCAGUACUAUGCUGCUGUUGUAGAGGAACUUGAUACUCUGAGUGUUCUUACCCGGAGAUGGCUUCGCUCACCAAAUAAAAAUUCAGAGCUCAAGCAAAUUCCCUUUCGGCGUCCCCAGGAAAAUGGUACCUUGAACAAGGAUGCCAACUUUCUUACCAAAUUCGUGCUCUUUCUCAUACGCAACAUUGAUCAGCCCAUCCCCAAUUUCCCCAUCAUUGUCCAUCCACACACCCUUGACCUAUUGGCAAAGCUUAAAGAAGCCUCCAGUGUCAAUCUUGUCUCCAUUCCCACCCUGAUACCUCUGUUUCAUGAAGCAGUGUGGUCCUUUGUCUCCCAUCCUUCUCAAGCAUUUUUAGAAAAUGAUUUGAUGUGCCCAUUCAUUCGUUAUAUGGUUGCCUCUAGCCUACUCAAUGAAACCGGCACUUUCAUUCCCAUUCGACUUGUCCCUCCUCAUUUAUCCGAGAUUCAAUGGUGCUGGCGUGGAUCUGGUGCAUAUGAGAUUAUACAGAAAAAAGCACUAUAUGAUAAUGAUACCCUCAGAACUUAUGAAGCCCUCAUAGCACCAUUCUUGCUUGAUGACAGACAAACUCCAUUCACAGUCAUGCGACAACAUAUGAAGCUGAUUUCCUCCAUUGUGUUUUCUCAAGACACCAUCCCUCGUUUCACCUGGGAUGCACAUUUUUCAGUGGUCUCGAUGGAUGGAUACCCACUCAAGUGGGUCGAUAUUAUCAAUGGUUUCAAGUCUUCUCUUUCAGAUCUCGAAGCCCACAUUGAUAUAGUGUUCCGCGGGUGUCAGUAUGAGCACAUUUUGGAGUACAUUGAUUCAAGAUUGGAGGCAGACUCUUCCUCGAGCGAGAACUGGUUCCGUGACUCACGAGACCAAACACAACAUGGAUAUUCACUUGUCAAAGAGAAACUCAAUCACCUUGAACAGUACCGACCCAUUCUUCUAGCCCACAUGAUUGAGGAUUCACGAUUGUUUGUCACCGUUGAUGGAAAGCCCCAUGCCAAGCAAGGGGCACUAUUAGAAUGGUUCGCUCAUUUACAAAACGUUAUAGACACACUCUAUGUUCUUGUUGCCUUCACCAGUCCAGGAUCUGCCCGCGGCACUGAAAUGGAAGCCUUGCAGUAUUGCAAUGAUCAUCGCCACCCCAAAAACCUUCACUUCCUAAAUGGUAUACUUUGCAUCGAAAUGCUCUACACCAAGACACAAAGUUUGCAGGGCACUGCAAAGACACUUUUACGCAUGCCUGCUCAUCAAGUAUCUCGAUAUCUCAUUCUAAUCCUCACCACUGUCCAUUAUGCUGCAGCCCACGUUUCCGAGUUUGUGAAUAUACCAGUUGAAAAUGCCAACAAUUAUUUGACUCAUAUUUUUGUCAAGUAUGGAAAACCCAUGACAUCCGAUGAUUUUUCAAAGGCUAUCGCCAACAUGACCGCCAAGAAACUUGGCCUUCCCCUUCACCUGCGUGCCUUUAGACAGCUUGACAAGGCCAUGUUCACUACCAAGUGCAACCUCUCUAUGAAUGAGCCGGAUGAACAAUCUAAAGAGAUCAAAGCUAUGCAUAGCUUUCAUGGGCACAGUGCUGAUACUGCAGAGCACCACUAUGGUCAACUCACCAAUAAUUCUACAAACAAGAUCUCAUCUGAUCGUGUGGCCUUUUAUCAACGGGUGGGGAUGGCUUGGCAGACAGAGAUCCAAUUCCCUCACCCUCAUUUCAAAAAAUAUGUUCUGCAAACACUGACCGAACCUCCGUCCUCUUAUCCUUUUACUCGUCGUGCAUUUGAUGAUUUUUGCCAACAACAAUCUAAUGCCCACGACAAAGUUCUCAAGGUACUGGAUGACCAAACAGCUGAGCUCAAGGAGUCUUUCACUAGCAUUGUCUCCUCUGGCUUUUACCAGAUUGCUAGUCUAAUCAAGGGACCAGGACAGAUUGUAUCAUCCAAAUCCCCCAUCUUCGUCCAUCCCAACCUUCGGAGCACCGUAAUGAGCAGCCUCUAUGCUGAUGGCGAUAUAUUAUGGAACUCUGUUGCUCAAGCUGAAUCAGUGGCAUCUGUGCUAUCCAAUGACCACAUCUUUAGCAUUUUGCCUACCGGUGGAGGAAAAAGCCUGCAGUUCUUUGCUGCCCCGGUUCUAAUGCCCAGCCGGUUAUUUGUGGUUAUCCUUCCUCUCGUUUCACUUAUGGAUGAUAUGGAGCGCCGGUUACAGACAAUGCCCUACAAGGGUGGGGUGUGGUCACCUGGAACCUUGAUCAAUCCAAUGGAUAUUCAACUUCUUCUGGUACCAGCUCACCGUGCAGGUACCCAUGAGUUUUAUCAUUAUUUAAAGCUACCUGCCAUCCAUGAGCGACUGGAAAGGAUAUUUAUAGAUGAGGUGCAUCACAUCCGUACCGAUGCCACGUUCCGAGAAUGCUUUGCACGUCUUCGAUAUCUCACUGCUCUAGGCAAAAAGUUUUCAUUCCUCUCUGCCACUGUUCCUCCAACCGACCUACCAUUCAUCCUCAAUGCCCUGGAUAUCACUGACACCUCGUUGGUGCGUGAAAUAAGGAGCUACACUGGCCGCCCGAACCAUGCAUAUAGCCAUCAAAAAGUAGAGGCUGAUAAUUUAAUCGACGUGGUCAUCAAAUAUGUUCAAUCCCUCCCUCCCUUAGCUGAGGAUGAACGUGGCCUUAUAUAUGUUACCAGCAUCUAUGGAGCCUGUGUACCUCUUGGAGAAGCCCUUGGCUUUAAAUCUUACUUUGCAGCACUCUCAGAUCCAAUCAAGAAAGAUAUUCAAAACAAAUGGCACCGGGGGAAGGCCUUGGAAGAUCGCUGGCUGGUCUGUACCAAUGCAUAUUCUGAAGGGAUAGAUUUUGGGGGGGUUCGACAUGUGGUCAAUGUAGAACCCUUUGGCAUGACAGACCUUAAACAGCAAGGUGGUCGGGCGGGGCGGGAUGGAAAACGAUCCCAAGUUCAUACCAUCUGGACAAGGCUUCCUUGGUUUGAUCCUACAUCCGAUGAUAUACAGCGCAAGCAGGAGCUCAGUCAAUAUUAUCAAGAGCCACUCUGUCUUCGUUUUGCUGAGGCAAGUAUGGAUGGCAAGGCACACUGCUGUGCAGCUUUGAAUGAUGAAUUUGCAAUGGAUGUAGAGGCAGUUCCCCUGACUACAACCAUAGCUGCAAAACCUUUGCAAGAUUCCAUGGAAAGGGCCGAGAAGGAGAUGGAUCAACUAAAGGAUGUUUUGGACCGUAUAGUGGCUCGGAAAUGUGUACGAUGCUUUGUUGAAGGGGUUGCCCAUCCACCGCAUGCAGAGACCCAUCAGGACUCACCUACCUUUGAGAUGGCCUACACCAAGUUUCGAACUUGUAAAAUCCCCCCCUCCAAGCACUGGGCAAGCUGCUUUUGGUGCUGGAUACCCUUUGGCCCUUAUUUUGGGCACCCAACACCAGUAGUUGCUUCUGAGCUGGACAAGUCACUAUGUCCAUUUGAAGGACUAUGCAAUCGGAUUCUCCCUAGAUUCAUUGCAUAUAUAUGGAUGCAUGAGGAAAAAUGUCUUAAAGUUUCACAGGAACUUGGAGUGGAAUGGCAUGACUCACAAGCCCUAGCUGAGUGGCUUCAGGAAAAGCCUCAGCUACCUACUAUGUGGGAAGAACUCCCUCAUCCUAUCCAUCUCAUUUCCUCGGUUGAACCUCCACAGUCUUCCAUAGAAUCCGAGGUUUAUGUCAAAAAUCUACGUAUGAUUCACAAAAAUGCCGAAAGAAUCCUUACCUGGACCCUUGGAAUGGGUCAAAUUGUUACCAAUCAACUAGGACAAUGUGUUGACCUUGCUCUAGGGGAGUUCAACGAAGACAUGUCAAUGCCACUCAGCAGUCCAUCCAGUACUCCGAUACCAUCUUCUGAUGACUACGGCCAAUUGAAUUUGGUAUACGAUGACAUCACUAUAUUCACUCUCGACAUCAUUGAGAAUAUAUCCAACGAGGCUGUCAAGUAUAAUCUCCACGAUUUGGAAAACUGGAUUUACCACCACCCAAGUAUUAUUACACCCAAAUUCGAAAAAACUGGCCUUCGCACCAUAAUUCUGGGGUACCAGAAAGCCAGGCCCCAUCAUGCCUGGCUCAACGCUAUCCAUGCGGAAAAUCCCUUUCCUUCUAUCAGCCGUCUCCUUUAUAGUGUUUCUUCACUUGGCAGUGGGGGCACGUUGCAAAAGAAAAUACGAGAACGUGAAGCUUUUCUGGGCCAGGGGUUCGGGAACGAUAAGGCCUUGUUGUGGACUCAUCAAAUCCUCCACAACAUUGUGGCAAUCCAAUCUGCUAUUGAUUGGGAACAACUUGACGACCAAGCCCGCCUCAACCUCAGUGCUGACCUCUCUCUCACCAUGUUCUCUGGCGAAUACGAGGACAUUGAAUCCCACAAGGAACUGAGCUCAUCAAAUAGAGACAAUGAAGAAGCAACAUUGGUGCUCAAGUGCCAUACCACCCUGUCCAAUGUAAUGGCAAGACGGAUGCUCUUGAAGCAGUUGUAUGAAAAAUUUGGGUGCACAGCUCUCAUGGAUGUCACUAUACUCCAUCCAUCCAUUUACGGCAAAUUUCCUCCAUCCCGUUUCUUAACCAAUGCUGUGGACAGUGUUGUAAGGAGCCUUGCGUUUAAUCCUAUAGAAAGAACAGAGCACUGGAGGCGCCGCAAAUUCUUCAGCCAUGUAGUGCAGAGUUACGUUCCCACCAAAGCCUGGGCUGUAAUUGAAGAUUUUCUGACCACCACAGCUCCGUCCGAGGUUGAUAUAGAGAUGGACUCGGAAACGGAAACCCAGGAAGCAGUAUCGGGAAGCUCAGAGAACUUGAACAGAUCAGAAUUGGGGGGGUCAGAGAACUCGGAAGGUACAGAAUCGGAGGGGUCCGAGAAGCCUGCUUCAGGAGACUCGGAGGACUCAGAAGAGGGGGAGAACCUCAAUGAACAUGCCUCCUUCCCCAGCCUCUAUCAUAUACGACUUUUCCAUCCCCGUCUUCCUUGGUUCAUCGACUUGGCCUCUCAACUUCCCCUUACUGUACAAGACAUAAUAACUGGUGUUUGGAAUUAUCUGCAACAGCCCAUUCAUGCAACCGAUUUCUACAACCUUGAAAUGAGUUCCCGUACCUUCUCUUCUCAAACCGGCCAGCAAAUGGUUGCCCAAGCCUUUCAUGCAAGAUGCCAAGCGAUAGCCAGCUACUUUGGUGACUCAACUGGACAGUGCCGGGCUUAUCACACCUCUCAAGGAGUCAAGAGGGUAGACUAUUUAGGGAUGGACAAAAAUUGGACAUGGAUAGGUGUAGUUCCCAUGGGGGAUGUAUGGGAGAUCAAGACUGGAAUGACUCCAAAUUAG